GCGAAGUUGACUCACUACGAACUGUAACGAGACACCAGGCGAGGUUUAGCAGUCCGGUCAGGACGAGAAAGCUGUGCCCGCAAACACUCGGCUAGCUAGCUAAAAGAGAGACCCGCGAAGGCGUCGCGGCUCACAGCGUUAAAACUCGCCCGAAGUUCGUGUCAAAAUGAAGUUUUGUUUGAGGAUUGUGCCACUUCUUUUUCUUGUUGCUGGGACGUUAACGCAAGACUUUGACCUGUUUGAUGCUUUGGAUGAUGUAGCACCAACCCCUGCAAAACCCAAAGAGCAACCGAAGGCCCCAGAGAAGCCGAAAACUGAUGGUGGCUUUGGAUUAGAUUUGGGGGACGCUCUUGGCCCAGACCCCACUCCCAAACCUGACAAACCAGCUGUGAAACCACCAAAGAGCAGAGGGGGUGGCUUUGGACUUGAUUUGGAGGAUGCUCUCGGCCCAGACCCCACUCCCAAACCUGACAAACCAGCUGUGAAACCACCAAGUAGCGGAGGUGGUGGCUUUGGACUUGAUUUGGAGGAUGCUCUCGGCCCAGACCCCAACCCCAAACCUGACAAACCUGCAGUUAAACCACCAAAGGGUGGAGGGGGUGGUGGAUCUUUUGAUGACUCAGACUUGCUAGAUGUUAGCGGUGGGGACUACAAGCCCGAAGGAGGCCGCCCGGGUGGAGGCCAUCCAGAGGACCCUGGCUACAAUCCUCAGGGUGGUGCUGACCAGCCUCAAGAAGCUGGAUCUGGACAGAUUGCAGGAAUUGUCAGCGCCGUAGGAGUCGCUCUUCUGGGAGCAGCAUCCAGUUACUUCGCUUAUCAGAAGAAAAAGCUCUGCUUCAAGCUGCAGGGAGGGGCAGAUCCAGAGAGCGGUAAAGGCCAUCAAGGUACUCAGUCUGAUCCUCAAGUGUUCAGCAACCUGCUGAGGACGUCCUAGACACCGUCUGCACAAGACAAGUCAGUGGCCUUCUCUGCGAAACUCACCGUCGUUCGACUUUCAAUCAUUUGUCACCUUUGAUCUAAAAAUGAGACUUCUCUGGGUCUUUCUACAGCCUCCUAGUUUAAACCAUGAAUGCAACUUAAGCCUAAAUGAAGUUGUGCGUUGUGUAUCGUUUAUUUUUCCGUUCACUAAACAAAAAUCAAUCCUAGUCGUCAGUGGAGCUGCUUUGAUUAAUUCAGUGAUUUUUUCUGCGUAUAUUUGUUUUACACAGAUCUCUGUGUUUGUGUGCUUUGUCUGUUUCUAACUACUGUACACGUGAAUGCAUCGUUUUGUUUCCCUUAACUGCAGAAGUGUGUUUAAUUUAACAGAGGUGCUACAUGGGAAGGGCUCACUGCAUCAUGCAAGUCAAUUUUUUUUUUUACAGAAACGAUGUUCUAAACCGAAACCGUCUGAGCAUUGAUUGUAGCAGACCCCCUGCAGACGGCAUGCCUCAGAGUGGAUGGAGAGUAUUGUCUUUUGCACCUUAAAUCCUGAAGGGUUUGCUCUCCCCAAUCACAAUGAAAAAAAACAAGACAUCUGUGGUGUCCCGCCAUUCUUUUAUUUUCUGUCUCUGCAAUGUCUGCCUCUAACUUUUUUUGUUUUUUUCUUGUUUUUGCGAACUGACCCUUUAAUGCACUCCUCAGCCGAUAUCAUUGUACCACAGUGGCUCACGUUUUAAAUUCAGCACACUGUGCAUUUCCAAAGCACAAAUUCAAUUAUUACAAUAACAGUCAUGUCAUGCUCACCACACUGCUGCCAUCAAUACUUCCUUUUAUCACAAAUGCUUUUUUCUUUUUUUAACCACUGUUAUGCAACCCAAGACAUCUUGCAGAUGUUUCAAACUAAAAGCCUACUAGGAACAGCCUACUUUGUAGCUGCUGGAAGGCUUUUAAUGUGAAGUCGGUGUCUCAGGAAGUGUUGGGUUUGAUUGAUGGUAACAGCAAUGUAAAGAAAAACAGCAAAACGUCAGCAAUUGGAAAUAAUUCAUGAAUAAAAACAUUAUUAUUAGAGAAGAGAAGCUUGAGAGAACCAAGUGGUAAGUAUGACAUAACUCUGUUAUUGUGCUGCUUGAAUUAGUGGAAAUAUUCAAUGUCCUGAAUUUCUAAAGAAAGACUAAACACAGAGGGAGUGGUGUUCGCAUCAACAGAAAGCAGCAUCAGCAGCUGAUUGACUACUUAAACUUGAUAAAACAUACUUUUUAAAGAGGAAAUUUCAAAUUCAGGCCUGCUUCAAAUAAACGCCAUGUUCUCACUGUUGUUGAGGUAAAUAAAGGUUCUGGCUGCUGUUCUCCUUUUCACAGCGCAACACAACGUUGUUUGAAGUUGUACUGACGUAAUUAUCAUGGAACUGGAUCUGAUCCAGCAGAAGGAGCUUUUUUUUAAAACAUAAAAAAGUGAUUGUGAUGACACAAAGACACUUACUACAUGUAUACAUCCAGGAAAUGUACACAGUUUAGUGGCAUGUGAGAUUGCUUAGGAUUGUUUUUUUUAAUCACGCAUAAAAUUGUAGCAUACAGUAUAAGUAUCAGCGAUUUGUUUGUUGUUUUGUUGGAGAUUGAUCCUAGAGUUUGUGCUUUGCGAAAGUCUUAUUUUCUUACAGCUGCACCAAUCAAUACCUCAGCAGUUGGCGGAGAGCAAUGGGCUGCCCAUGUGUCUGCUAACAUGUUAGCCAUAACUUCAUGAGGUUAAAUGCCUUUCCACUGCCCCCUAGUGAUAGAAAAAAAGGACAAAUGCAGCUUUAAAACAAGUGAGACAUGAAACAAACUUGAAACAAGAUGGUUUUUUUUUGGUUCGUUGUAAGAAAAUAAGCUUUUCAGGGAUCAAUCAUAGACAGACGGAUAAGAUGGAGACUUUUUGCAGUCUGCAUUUUUUACUCAGCUUUGAUGCUCCGAUUGCUUGCCAGCAGAGCAGCUGAGGCCAUGCUGAUGCACUUUUCUGUGUAAUUAUGAUAAUCAACAAGUUUUCUGCAUUGUCAGUCAUGCUGGGUCCCUCAGACUCGCCCAUGUGUCUUCAGUUUGAGUCACAAAUGAACAAGAAGUAUCACAAAAUCAGAGUUUUGGUAUUGCUAAAAUAUUGAGAUGAGCUGCACCCUCGCUGGCUGUAAAUACUUGAGAAUGAUGUGUACAGACGCCUGCUGACUUUUGCGCUCGGCCUGAUGUUGCAGUGUGCUUUGAGCAUUUCAGUAUGAACAACCAUGAUCUCAAUUUGUGUAUUUCUGGAGAUUUUUGUAUGCAAACUUGUUUCAGUUUCACGAUCGUAGACUUGAUGCAUGUAUGUUACAUCUGAUGAUCGGAGCAAUGUUACUUUCGUGUGUGGAUUUAAAGUGUGUGUACAUGUUUUCAAUAAAGUGGUGUUGUACAGUU